GAUAUUAUUAUAUUCAUCUUUUAUUUUCGUUUUCUUUCCUUUCUUUCUAUGUCUUUAAAAAAAAUUUUAUAAUAUCACUAACUUGAAAAGUAAUUCUAUCGAAAUAUUUUAUUUCGUUCGAUCAUUUCUAUCGACGACGAAAGCUCGUUCAAGAUAAGAGAACGAUAUGGAUUAAGAAAGUUGAAAAAAAAUGCGAGCAAUGCUCUUAUUUCUUUUUUUUUUUAUUAUUAUUAUUCCUUCAAGGUUAUGAAUAAUUACGAACGAAUAUGUGCAACGAUCAAACGUGUUAUAACGAUAAAUUCGAUUUAAGCAUGCAGUUGGAAACUAGAUAUUCAUGAAUAAUUGAUAUCCCGAUGCAUUUUCUGAACAUGAGAAGGGGAUAUGCGCUAAGAAACAUAACGACAGAAUACUUUUUGAAUAUGAGAGCAGAAUAUGGUUCACUUACGGGAAAAAACUUCAAUGAAUAUUCAAAAAGAUUUAAAGUAUUUGUAUGGAUGGAACUAUUACACAAUGAAGUUCAUCGGUAUUUGGCCAGAAGAGAGAAAAUGGAAUCAAGCGUCGAAUUACCUCGUUCUGAUACCGUUCUUAAUGAUGCUUUGUUUCAUUUGCGCCCCACAAACCAUCAAUCUCUCGUUAAUUUCGAACGACUUUAAUCUCGUGAUCGAGAAUCUGUCAAUGGGUAAUAUCACUAUCACACUUUCUCUUCUAAAGACUAUCGCUUUUUGGAUCAAUGGUAAACCAUUGAAAUUUCUUCUAAAUUGUAUGACCAACGAUUGGAUCAAAGUUACAAGCAAAACUGAACAAAAGAUAAUGGCGAGGAUCGCGAACAUCACUAGGAACACUAUAAUAAGAAGUACAGUGAUGUGCCACAUUGUAGUCGUCUUUUACGUAUUUCUACGAUACAUUUCCGUCAAAUACAACGAAAACAAAUUGCUCUUCCGUGCAUAUUUCCCUUAUGACAUCACAAUAAGCCCGAAUUAUGAGUUGACACUGCUUGGCCAACUUGUGGGCGCUCUUUAUGCGGCCACUUCGUAUACAGCCGUUGAUACUUUCGUGGCCAUGUUGAUUUUGCACGUGUGCGGACAACUGUCGGGUAUAAAAAAUGAGCUCAGCCGAUUACCGACCUACGAUAAAAAAGAUUUGGAGACGAGAUUGAAAGAAAUCGUUCAGAGGCACGAAUAUAUCAAUAGGUUCGCGGAAACGAUAGAAAAUUGUUUCAACGUGAUGCUUCUGAUUCAGAUACUGGGUUGUACCGUGCAAUUGUGCUUUCAAUGUUUCCAGGCUAUUAUGUCAUUUGGCAGUGGAGAAGCGCAAGAAUACUUAUUUUUCCAAUUAAUGUUCCUGCUUGUCUAUGUAUUUUACGUGAUGUUGCAAUUAUACUUGUAUUGUUACGUGGGCGAGAGACUUUCAGUCGAGAGCAUGGAAAUAGUUAACGCCGCGUACAAUACCGAAUGGUACACUCUACCCCCAAAUAUCACAAAAAUGCUUAUAAUUAUCAUGUGCCGUGCCAAGUCACCGUUAACUAUAACAGCAGGCAGAUUUUGUUCCUUCACUCUGCAACUGUUCUCCGAGGUCUUGAAAACCUCGAUGCGUUAUCUUUCCGUUCUAUACGCGGUAAAAGAUAACAUAAAAUAUUGAAUGAAGAAUAUUAUAUAUAUAUUUUUUUUAAUUAUCCGUUGAUUCGAUGAUUAUUAUAGGAAUAUUUUAAGCAAUAAAUCGAAAUUAAUAAUACAUUAACGAGAUUGAGCGUCCUCUCGAGGAAGCUCGAAGAUAUAAUUUUCUUUCUUUCUUUCUUUCUUUUUUAUUUUUCUUCUCGACAAACUUUGGGUGAAUAUUUGACUAACUCUCAUUUCUAAUCGAUCGCUUAUGGACAAACCGUAAACACGCUAUGAUCGAUGAAUAUUUGAUAUCAAACAGUCUACGUAUCGUCAAUUAAAAACUACUACUUUUAUCUAUUGGCCCAACUAUUUUCAUUACAAAUAUUAUUCGUCACAAAACAUUCGAUUCUAUUUGCUGAAAUUUCUUACCCAAGAUCAAGGAUAUUUUUUUUCUUUUUGUUCUUAAAUAAAUAUCCGCAAAGAUGUCUCGAUAAAGUAAAAGUCGUAAAGCUUUCACCAUUUAUUUCCGUCGAU